AUGCUGCCCACCACCCCUCUGGCAUCCCGCGGAGAACCCCAAAUAGCCCACGAGCCCAUCAACGACCUACCAGUGCACAAGCUCACCGAACCGCAAAUCUUCUACCCGGUGUCUGAGUCGCGCCAGUUCACUCGCGUCGACGCCGCCCGAGCCUUCUCCGCCGCACCCGCCCUGCCGGCCGCUGAGCGCGACCAACCCGCCAACACCCCCGAGUACAUUGCCAAAGUGACGCACGCCCCGCACCGGAUCGAGAAGGUCGGCAAGGGCGCCAACGAGCACCAGGUGCUGCAGCCGGCGGAGGUGCGCAUCCCGCACCCUCACAUGGUAGCUGCCGAGCGGGACAAGAUCACGCUGUCGAACGAGAUGGGGGAGCGCAGCAGGCGGUACAUGGCGCGCAUUGAGGCGGACGAGAAGGCUGAGAAAGCGCGCAAGGAGAAGCGGAAGGCCAGGGAGGCCGCGAGCAUGACGCGGGUCGAGCCCACGGAGGGACGGUUCGAGUUCAGGUUCCGGGAUGUGGUGGUGAGUAGGGAGACGGUUGGGUUGGACGGACGCGGCGAGAAGGGCGUUGGCCGGCGGUAUGGAGUGCCUCUUGCAGACAGGCGGAGGGGAGAAGUCAAGAUCCCAACCCGCGUUGAGGUCUAA